UACCUCAACUUCCCAUGUCCACUUCAUCCACUCGCCGGAUGAAAGACCGAGACGGAGGCGACGGCGGCGCCUCCGCCGUCAAAGUUACCGCUCACCGACCUUCCAGAUCUCUAACCCCUGCUUCAAGCUCCGACAAAAUCCCCAGCGCCAAUGCUCUCCGUAAAUUGUCUGCAGAGAAAGAGAAUCGGAGAUCCACGUCCCGUGGAGCCGCCGCGGCCCCGACCCAGAGACCUACUAUUCGACCCAUGCCCCGCGUCGAUAAGGCAUCGCUGGUAGGGGUAGGAAGCGGCAGUGACAGUCGUGACAGGAAGUCCACGUCGUCGGUCCCUCGAGGUAGGAGCUCUAGCCCUUCUGACUUUACCAGGGUGUUUUCGGAUACCCGAAAAGAUAGGCGGGUUUCAGUGGAUCGGGUCGUUAAGGGGUCGGUCGCAGAACCUGACCGUUCUGCUUUCAGUGGGAGUAGGGGUCUGAGAGUUUCUAAUCAGGCAAAAGGGUAUAGAGAUUUGAGCGUCAAAGGAAGCGCGCAGGUUGGUAGUAAAGCAAAAUUUCGAGGGCAUACUGAGGAAAGUGCAACAAAGAUUUUGAAUUCAGGGAUUAAGAGUAGAAAUGGCGGAGUAAUGGAAAACAAAGUCGGAGAAAGUGAAAAUAAUAAAUCUUUUGUGAAAUCAAGUGCAAGUCAUGACAGGGGAGAUCUGCAGAUAUACCGUGAGAAGGUCCAUUCUGAAUCUGAG